GUGUCGUUGUCUCCCAUCCGUGAGGUGCCUUCCUUCCUUACCGACGGGUAUUCGAAUGAUCAAACUCAACCUGUCAGCGGGGCAACUUCCGCAAGGCAGAAAGGCACCACGCCGAAAAGAGGCAGCAGCUGCCUUCCCUCCAUACGAGAGGGCGCCUCGAGACUGCUGCCAACUUCUUAUAUAAACCUCUUCUUCCCACCACCACUACCACCUUCUCUCUCCUCUUCAUCACACUCACAAUCAAUCAACUUUCAAUACAAACAAACAACACCACCAACCAACCCACCAAACAACCCAACCUACUUCACAAUGGAGACCAUCAAGAACGCCGCCAACUACGUUUCCGAGUCUGUCCAGCAGGCCGGUGCCACCGCCUCCAAGGAGACCAACAAGCAGGUCGCCAAGGACGACAACGUCUCCAUCGGCAACCGUGCCUCCGCUGCCAAGGACGCCGUUGGCGACAAGAUCGACGAGUCCAAGCACGACUUCAAGAGCGAGGGAUACAAGGAGCAGGCCAAGCACUAA